UGCUGCAAAACCCGUGACUGCUGCUGCUGCUCGCUCACACUCUGUAUCUCUGUGUUGAGUCACUGUUGGAGAUGUCCAUGUGUAGAGGCAGUGCUGUAACUGAGGAGGGAGUGUUACAAAAGGGAAGACGGCGGCUAUGAUGUGACCUCAGAGAGACUCGGACAGAGGUCACACUGCACAGGAACCCUUUUACUGACAUGGAUCUACAAAAGGAUGUGUGAACAGGAUGGGGGAUAGAAUCUGACACAUUUACAGAAGCGUUGGAUGUGACUGAGGUGAACUGAUGGACAGGGAAGAAAGAUGACAGACCGCAGGACAGAGAGUGAAGACAGAUGGCAGAUCCCAAAUGGCAGGAAAACAUUGAGGAAUUCCUGGUUCGGCAGAGGACAAAACAGUCACAGUUAUUUUUUUUUUCUGUUGACAACUGAUGACGCCAGUAUCAGUCCUGUGGAAUGACACGCAAAAAUGGCACCGGCACCACAACAAAUAUGGAGCAUCAUACGCUGACAGUUUGCCGCUAAUGAGAUGGGGGACAGAAGGGACAUAUGAUGAGGCCGGGCAGACUCUCGCCAACAAUGGCCGCGUGCCAGCGGGUAACUGCUAAGCAUGCUGGGACAGCAACACUUGGCACACACUGACCGACCAACGGACGAGAUGCUACGGCUAAGUAUGCUGGGACUUUGGAAGCAAUACAGCUGUGUGUCAGAGCAGUGAGGAUGAAGAGACGGGGCCAGAGGUUUGUCAAGGCUGACUACUAUGAGCUGGACUGGUACUAUGAAGAGUGUACUGAUGUGUUGUGUGCUGACAGAGUGGGCCAGAUGACAAAGACCUACAGUGACAUUGACGCCGUCACCCGACUGCUAGAAGAGAAAGAGCGUGACCUGGAGUUGGCGGCUCGCAUCGGACAGUCGCUGUUGAAGAAGAACAAAGCCCUCAGCGAGAGAAACGAACUGCUGGAGGAGCAAGUGGAGCACAUACGAGAGGAGGUAUCGCAGCUGCGUCAUGACCUGUCCAUGAAAGAUGAGCUGUUGCAGUUCUACAGCAGCGCUGCCGAGGAAAGUGAGGGAGAGUCUACCACCUCCACACCUGUGCGUCCUACUGAAACCAAUGUGUCAACUCCAACUUUUUUCCCCCUGGACUCCCUGCAGAAGAAACUCAAAGAUUUGGAGGAGGAAAACAAAUCAUUGCGAUCUGAGGCCAGCCACUUGGAGACGGAGACUAUCUGCUACGAGGAGAAAGAACAACAACUCGUCAAUGACUGUGUCAAAGAACUACGUGAUGCCAACCUGCAGAGGUCUUCUCUGGCUGAAGAACUGGCCAGGAAAACCGACGACGCCUCCAGGCAGCAGGAGGAGAUCACACACCUCCUCUCCCAGAUAGUCGACCUCCAGAAGAAGGCCAAGAUGUAUGCUGUCGAGAAUGAGGAACUGACUCAGCACUUGGGAGCAGCCAAAGACGCUCAGCGACAACUCACUGCUGAGUUGCUGGAGUUACAAGACAAGUAUGCAGAGUGUAUGGAGAUGCUUCACGAAGCUCAGGAGGAGCUGAAGAACCUGAGGAAUAAAACUCUGCCACUCAGCACACCGCGGCGCUUCCACUCUCUGGGCUUGUUCCCGCUGGACUCCCUGGCGGCAGAAAUAGAGGGCACCAUGAGGAAAGAGCUUCAGAUGGACGAUCCAGACGUAGAGGAGCAGAGACUGCACCCCAAGCGAGUAUUCCAGACAGUAAAAAACCUGAACCUGAUGCGUCAGCAGCGUUCGUCCCCGCUCAACAUCCCAGGCUCCAAUCAGACAUCAUGCUUCACCUCAGGGCGCUCCAGCAGGGUGGGCACACCUUGCUCUAACUCCACGUAUGGUAGCGAGACAGGAAGUGGGAUCAUCCUGGACAACAGGACUAGCAGUAUCCUGCAGAGUCCAGAUGAUGGGUCGGAGGACUCCAACAAGCGCCCCCCUGGGACCCCAGGCACCCCAGGCAGCAGGGACCUGGAGGCAGCCCUGCGGCGUCUGACCCUCCGCCGCGACAACUACCUCUCAGAAAAGCGCUUCUUAGAGGACGAGAGGGAGAGAAAGCUGGCCUACCUGGCCAAGGAGGAGGAGAAAGGAGGUGGGGAGAGCAGCGGUGGCCCUGGGACCCCGACUGAGAGCCUGCUGUCGCUGUGCUCGCAUCCCUCCCUCGGAAGUGUCUGGUCAGGAUACUCCUUCACGGCAAGAUCCUACCUGCCGGACAAGCUGCAGAUUGUAAAGCCACUAGAAGGCUCCGCUACACUCCAUGCCUGGCAGCAGUUGGCUCAACCUCACAUGGGCGCUCUGCUGGAUGAUCGACCCGGUGUGGUCACGAAGGGCUUCCGCACUUUAGGACACGAGCAGGGACAGGAAGACAGUUGGCAGCUGGACCAACCAGAGGAGGACGAAGCCUUGUGUGACUCGUUUUCGGGCUUGUCGGAAGAAUGUACCGCUCCUUUUGGUCUGCCGAGCUCUACCUCUACUCCCGCCGUCUGCUGCAGCAAAAAUGGCGACAUCGAUGGCAGUGGCCAAUCAAAAACAUUUUAUCGAGACACGUGUGGGGCUACAGAAGCAAUUCGGGGAAAAGACGAACUUUUUGGAGACACGCCCCAUUCCUUAUCCAGCCUCUCCCCUUCCUCUUCUCCUCUCCCCUCUUCUUCUGAGAGGAGGAACGGGCACGCGGUCCUCCAGGAGCUCCAGGCCUCACAGCCUGCUACAGUGGAUCGAAUGCCUGUCAAUUACCCAGGGAAAUGUAUGUCCCACACCAGCUCCACAUACACCUUCACCACCUGCCGGAUUCUCCACCCCUCUGAUCAGCUGACCUCAGUGUCCCCAAGCCCAGCCAUGGCCUCUUGUUACAGCAGUGCUCUAGUCGUCACCACUGCUCCCUCUUCCUCUCCUGUACCCUUCUCUACGCCAUCUACGCCUCCCUACACCCCCUCCUGCACCCCACGGCGCCUCUCCCUGUCUCUUUCCUUGGCUGAGUCCUCCACCAACCUUAGGGACUCCACCAAGACCACCAGCACCUCCCUCGGCCUGGUGCGCCUCCUGCUGGAGAACGGGAUCUCUGCAUCGGUGUAUAACCCCCGGAGCUGGGACCGGGGGCUGGUCUCCAGCAGAGCUACAACACCCGAUGGAAGAGCGCCGGCACAGAGGUGCGUGGACACACCAGGGGAGGCGGAUGUCAGACACUUGGGGAGACGCCCGGACACCCUUCUCCUCCAGCCCUCCACCCCUCCCAACUCGCCUCGCUCCAAACCCGCCUCCUCUACCACGGCCGGCCCAGCUUUUCACUUCAGCCCUUCUGCUGAAGACAAUCCAUUCUAUGACACCUUCCUCGCCUCUAAACCAGCUCGUACCAUUCUGAGGGAGGUGCUGGCGGAGAUGGAGAGGGAGCGAGGGGGGCAGACAGACGAUGACAGCCAAACGGAGAUGCUGAACCUGCGACUUGUGGACAAACUGAAAAGAUUCCGUACCCUUGCUGCUUCGGAGUCAUCUGGGAAUACUCUUUUAGCCCCCUUUGGCUCCGCCGGACUGGGGAGCAGUGCACUGGGCGGGGGGCUCCCAGGAUUGAACGCAGGACUGAGGAGGAAUCGAAGCUAUCCUGCCAUGGUGGGGGCCAGUAUGGCUAUGAAAGACCCAGGAGGUCCCCCCAGCACACAGAUACUUAUACCACAUACAGUGCAAACCCAAAAUCCACAACACACAGUGCACAGGCAAGAAAUGGGCAAAAUACAAACGGAUCACACGCUGGACACUAAGCCCCCACACCCACCACAGACACUACAUGCGCUGGAAACAGUCUCACCGCAGACAAUAAUACAGAGACGCGCCCGGCCGACAAGCAAUGGCCGACACAGUGACGAUGAAACUGUGACAUAAACAGGAAACGUUCAGUGUAUUUACUUUGACGUCUGCACACACACUCUCACACAUUCUACGAUACAACACUCUGACAUGACUACACAUGCGCACACACACAAUUCAUUUACUAAACCAAAUAUUCAUAACUAUACAGACAGAGCAGAUAAAUGACAGUUCAAUCACAGACGAAACUACAUUUUUGUGAUCCAGCUCAUAUUCCAACUGAUUCAUUCAAACCGUCUGAUCAACAUAAACCCGAUGGAACAGUGGUGAAUGAACCAGUCGUGGCUGCAACUGUUACACUGUGUGAAACUCAAAAUGUCGGGAUAAUGAAGAUGCAGUGUGUCGCCUUCCUUUGUCCUUUGUACUUGUAUAUUGUUUAUGCAAUAUACUGUCAUAUAUAGUCGGAUAUUAAAGGCGCAGUCUGGGCUUUCCCCAAACCUGUUUUUAGUCUUUUUUGUCUUUCCUGUCCACUGUUGGAAGAGAGGCAGCAACAUGAAUUUAUGUACUGACCGAAUAUAGGAUCCAGAAAAACAUGUUCUCCUCUUGUGGUCAUUGUAAACAUGUCAUCUGUAAAACCACCAACAGGACCAACAACAAACCAGAUGUUUUUAAGCUUGGAUUUUUUAAAUUCCAUUUGGUCUUUGUUAAAACGUCGUCAUCCCAGUGUUCAGUCUGUGAAACAAGCUGUCUGGGUCAAGGACAGAGAGACUUCUGUUCGACGUCAACCAAAAGCCACGUCAAAAAAGGCUUUAUCUAAAAUCGGUGUCAUCUUAUGUUCGAGCCACUGUGGCACGUUUAAGCCUUUAAUUGUUUCGCAUCUGCAUUGUAUUGCACUGGAGUCAAAUGGAAGUCAUAAAGUCAAAUACAGUGGCAUUGGAGAUUAUUUUUUUCGACCAGCAAAUCAUUCUUUCCACUGUGUGUUUAUGUAAAGAGUAGUUUGUGGGGGAAACCCUGAAUGUGUCCUCUCGCUGUGACUGAAUGUUCUAAUGUGCCUAAAAACAGCGUGUGCGUUCUAUUUGAUUAUUAUUUGAAUUUGUGUUUUGUUGGAUGGUGUACAGUAGAGGAAGUGAAUAAAUGUGCAGAUUGAUUUCAUUAGUGUCUGAACUUGCCGAGGGAGCCCCGCACACGUGUUGUAUUUCAUCUCCCAUUGAGUUUAGAGUUCUUUUUGAAACAAGGGAAACAUGUAGCACAUGAAUGGCAACACGGAUUUGGUCCGGCUCUACAGACACCCCCCGAUAAAUACUUGACUGUUUUUUUUUUUCAUUUUGGUGCUCGGCCCAUCUUUCCAUGCUAAUCAAGUCAGUGUGAAGACCAAGUCUGAGGAGAACAUAUCGUUCCUUAUAGAGCGAAAUGCAGAUGGGAGCCGGAAAGUUUUGUUUUCGAUUUAAAUCCUUGAUUUAACUCAUUUCUAUACUGCUGGUGAAAGCAACAGUGCCCACAUAUUUAUUUAGUCAGAAUCAAACAAGUGUAUGGGUGAAAAAAUGAAAAGCAAUAUUAGAGACUUGCAUUUUUCUGAAUGUAACUGUAAAGGACCGUGACUCGAAGUAUCCAAAUGUUGGUUUCAAGAACAAGAGACUGAGCUUCUAUCACAUUUUGCUGCUGGGGGGGGAGUUUGUUGUCCAGUUGCUGUGUUCACCCGCAGGACUUUCCCUUUAGAAAAAGUUCUGAUCUUUCUGUGAAACUGACUGGAAGAAGAUGAAGUAAAUCUAAAUGCACGUGUGACAUGAAUCGCACACCUCUGUCCAAGUUAUGUCACGUGUCCGACUCGUCGUGCCCUCAGGCCUCAGCUGAUCAUGUGGGUGGACAUGGAGACGGGACCACCGACCGUUUGUCUGACUGAACCAAAGGACACAAUGUCUGGCGCUGAUGCUUCGCAGUGAUCUGUUGAAGAUUAGGGAAUUGCAUUGGCAAGGGAUCAUGAAAUAUAUAUUUGUCAAAUAUUUUGAUUAUUAGAGGCACAUUUGUAACUGAAUAUGCACUGUGUAUGUUUGAGUGGAGUAGUUUGGGCAGUUUUUAUUUAAUUUCAACUGACAUUUUGACUCAUUUUUGAUUGGACAGUUUUAUGUCGUCAUGGUUACAUGACAAACAUCCAGUUAGUUUAGUUUACCUCAAUACGGCUGCACAUUUCGGAGAGAGACGAAAAAUAUAAUCCGACAAUUUAUCCGACAAUUUACAGUAUUUAAUAAUGAUACCAAGAGCUAAGACUAACGCGACAAGGUGUGUGUGUGUGUGUGUGUGUGCGUGUGUGCGUGCGUGCGCUUGUUUGUUUUCUCUGUCAUUGAAUCAUCUGAAUGUAAGUUAUUACAAACAGUAAUCAUGCUGAUAUUUGUGUAAAGUACAUUGAUUUAUCUUUAUUCGUUUGUGUUAACGUCAGAGGGGUGAUUAUCAUUACAUUGUAAAUGUAUGCAACACAUAUAGCCAUGACGCUUGGGGAAAUUGAUUUGUUUAUUUUGAGUAACAUGGGAAAGAAACUUUCUGUUCAGGGACUGAAGUGUUCUGCUCUACAGAACAAACUGUACCGUCAAAAGGAAAAUAAAUACAUAAACUUUGA